AUGGAGCAACCACCGAGUCCAUUCAAGAUUCCGGCCUCUCCAAUCACACCUCUACAGCAAGUCUCACCGGAUCGAAUCAAUCAACAAAGAAUACCUGCGUCUCCGUCACUACCAAACCAACUAUCGAAUGUUGAAGCCAAAGCCCCUGGACAGUCAAUUGACGUGCAGUCUAAAGUUGCCUUUCUCAACAGCUUGAACCAGAAUACAUCUCCAUCACGCCAACAGGGCAACUCAACUCAUGCAGCACUACAAAGAGCCUUGCUGGGCCGUGAGGAAGCGGAAAAUGCUCUGCGCAGUUCUAAUACACAAUUAGCGGAAGCCGAAGCACGGCAGCGUAAGAUCAGUGAGAGACUGGAGAGUUUGAUGGAAGAAUUGCAAGCUGUAAAGGAACGACAAGCUCAUGAGAGGCAGGUGUUUGAGAAAGAGGUGAGGAAGGCCAGAAAGGAUGCUUUCCGGGCUGGCUCGGCAUUGGUCAAGAUGCAAGAAGACUUGAAAGAAUCAAGAGUAGAAGUAAAGAGUCUCAGAGCAGAGACCCAGCAUGAGAAAUUCGAGAAAGAGAAGUCCAAGCAGGAAGCCUUCGAAAGGGCAUAUGCUCUUGCUGGCGUGUUGGAAGAGGUAGAAGUUUUGCGUGAGAAGAUGCGAGCGAUGGAAGCUGCACGAGAAACAGAAAUUUUGGAACAGCAGUCGAACAAGGCACAGCAAGAAGACCAACAUCACCGGCUUGCCGAGAUGCGACAGCAGGAGGAUGAAGCACAUGCUGGACACCUGUUGGAAGACCGCAGCAUGCAGGAAAUGGAAGAGAUAGAUCACACGGUGCAGCCUAGGCAAAACCGUUUCGAGCGAACUCUGCCUGCCGGAUCACAUCCCACCGAGCCUGGUACGGAUCUGGCUAUAGAGUCGCCAAAGGUCCGACGAAAGCAGCUGAGCGAGGAAUUGCAACAGGACGAGACGACGCAUAUGCAAGAACAACUCCUUCUUGCUGAUGCUGAGCUACAAUGGGAGAAGAAACUUAGAAUACAAGCUGAAGAAAUGGUCCAUUUCCUUCAAAUGGAAUGCCAGUUUAAAAUUUGCGCCUGUCGCGUGGCAGAGAAGCAUGGAACAAGAUUUGUGCACGACAAGGACUACCAAGAAUUAAACGCUGUCGAUUUGGUGGUAGAAAAUGACCAGGCUCAAGGAAUAGAGCUUCCAGAGAACAAUUCCGGCCAGUCAUACGAAGCUGCAGGUGAACACAUGAUUGAGCCCACGGAGGAUAUGUUCACGCUCUCCCGACAGAGGCCUCCCGAGGACGCUGUGUCUAACACGGAUGAACUUCAGAUCUCGCCAACAGCUCAUCCAGCACAAACAACAUACGAAAUGCUUUCGCCGAGCGGUAGCGGCCUACCAUCGGCCUCUGAUCCGACCGGGGGGUCUGAAGCUUGUGGUUUCAGCUUCGCUUCGGCCAAGAACGCCUCAUCCCCGGCCAUCUUCUCAGCUGAGGAUAUGACCUAUCAGCCGCCUAUCCGUGCGACGAUCCGUCCCAAAUCAGCAUGCUCGAUACCACUGAGAGAUCCUCCGACAUCACCACCAGCAAGAUCACCCUCUGCCUCGACCUAUCCGUUGACACCUGGAUUCAAGACACCACAGCGCCAGGGUUUGUGGCUUGUUCACGCUCAGACUACAACGAUGAUGGUGCCACUCAGAGACAACGACGACGUCUUCUGUCCUGCACCUGGCACUCCUGGAACGCCAGUGAGUCGAGAGGCUGCACUGGCGCAGAUAAGAGCUCGCAGGGAUAGAGCAAGGAGUGUUGCAAUGUCUACAAGCAGAAGUGCUCCAGGAAGUGCAAGAAGGGGUCUGGCAGGAGGAUUGAGAGACAUCAGUGCGCCUGGAAGAUUUUGA